UGUCAGUUGGGGCUAGCCAGCUAACUCACCUAUUAACGAUAACAUUCAGACUAUAUUCACAGGACAGAAAUAUCAAUACCUAAAAUGGAAAAACAGUUUGAGGAAAUAGAUUCGUCUGGGCAGUGGCAAAACCUUUAUAAUGAAAUCCGAAACCAAGCCAGCGACUAUUCAUAUAAGGUGGCAAAACUUCCGGAGAAUCAGAAUCGAAACCGAUAUAGAGAUGUCAGCCCCUAUGAUCACAGUCGCGUUAAACUUGAAAACUCUGAAAAUGACUACAUCAAUGCAAGUCUAGUCGUGGUGGAGGAAGCUCAAAGAGCCUAUAUUCUGUCUCAGGGCCCCUUGAAGAACACCUGCGGUCACUUCUGGUUGAUGGUCUGGGAGCAGAACUCCAAAGCUGUUAUAAUGCUGAACAGAAUCAUAGAGAAGGGGUCUGAGAAGUGUGCUCAGUACUGGCCUACAGCUGAGGAACAGCAGCUAUCUUACACUGACACAGGGUUUGUCGUGACGCUAGUGAAGGAAGAGGACAAGUCCAACUACAUCAUACGAGUGUUGGAGCUGAGGAACACAGAGACAGGAGGAACCACAGAGAUAUACCACUUUCACUACACCACCUGGCCUGACUUUGGUGUCCCAGAAUCCCCGGCCUCUUUCCUCAACUUCCUGGUCAAGGUGCGGGAGUCUGGCUCAUUGGGGCCGGAGCACGGGCCCUCCGUGGUCCACUGCAGCGCUGGGAUUGGACGUUCGGGGACCUUCUCGUUGGUCGACACGUGUCUCAUCCUGAUGGACAAGAGGAAGGACUCGUCGUCAGUGGACAUUCUGAGAGUUCUGCUGGACAUGAGGGAGUACCGGAUGGGUCUGAUCCAGACUCCUGACCAGCUACGUUUCUCCUACAGGGCUGUCCUGGAGGGAGCCAAGAGCAUCAUGGGAGACUGCUCUGCACAGGUAAACACCGCUAACCCUAACCACACACCUAGCUAGCUGGAGGGAGCCAAGAGCAUCAUGGGAGACUGCUCUGCACAGGUACACACUGUAACUAGUGUAAGGGAUGAGUCCUGUGUCACCGUGAAACAAUUUGGGGGGUUGUGACACUGUACAGGGUCUUUCUGGGGCGGCAGGUAGCCUAGUGGUUAGAGCGUUGGACUAGUAACCGAAAGGUUGCAAGAUCGAAUCCCUGAGCUGACAACGUAAAAAUAUGCUGUUUUGUCCCUGAACAAGGCCUAGGCCGUCAUUGAAAAUAAGAAUUUGUUCUUAACUGAUUUGCCUAGUUAAAUAAAGGUCAAAUUAAAAAAUAUUGCUGUAUGGGAGUAGGGAGACUGUCAAUGUGAAACUAGACAUGAGCAGAACUGUGUCUUCAUUAACUACUGUCCUGUCUGUCUGUCUGUCUGUCUGUCUGUCUGUCUGUCUGUCUGUCUGUCUGUCUGUCUGUCUGUCUGUCUGUCUGUCUGUCUGUCUGUCUGUCUGUCUGUCUGUCU